UGCAAGUGAUCAUGAGUGUGGAGACGAUUCCCGAGCGUAUGGUGGGCGAUGAGGCAGGUGUCCCAGGGAGCUGGGUCCUGUCGGUGACGGUUGGUUCGGUACUGUUGUUGACGGUCGUCACCCUGUUCCAUCUGUGGAUGCAGACCCGGCGGUACGUGAAGCUGGGCAACCUUAUACCGGGCCCGGUCGCUUAUCCGCUGAUCGGUAACGCCAACAUGCUGCUCGGCAAAACACACAAUCAAAUCAUGGAGAAGGCGAUGGAGCUGAGCUACAUCUACGGUACGGUGGCACGCGGAUGGUUAGGCUAUCAUUUGGUCGUCUUUCUGACGGAACCGGCGGAUGUGGAGAUUAUCCUGAACAGCUACGUGCAUCUGGAGAAGUCGAGCGAGUACCGUUUCUUCAAGCCCUGGCUGGGAGAUGGACUGCUGAUCAGCUCGGGCGAUAAGUGGAAGUCACACAGGAAGCUGAUCGCGCCCGCCUUCCAUCAGAACGUGCUCAAGACAUUCAUCGACGUGUUCAACGACAACAGUCUGGCAGUGGUGAAGCGUAUGUCGAAGGAGGUUGGCCACGUCUUUGACUGUCAUGAUUAUAUGAGCGAGGUGACGGUGGACAUCUUGCUCGAGACGGCGAUGGGCUCGACGCGCACCGGCGAGAACAAGGAAGGGUUCGAGUACGCAAUGGCUGUCAUGAAAAUGUGUGACAUCUUGCACAAGCGUCAGCUGAAGAUUCACCUGCGACUAGACCCACUGUUCAACCUGACUGGCGUCAAGAAGGAGCAGGAGCGUCUACUGCAGAUCAUCCACGGACUCACACGCAAGGUGGUGCGUGAGAAGAAGCAAUUGUUCCAGCGCCAGAUUGCCGAAGGUAAGGCACCAUCACCGUCGCUUACGGAAAUUAUCGGCAAGGAGGAAAAACCGGGCGAGAGCGUUCUUGGCGGUACGCCCGCCUUCAUCUCGCAGGGUUCGAUGCUGCGCGACGAUCUGGACGAUAACGAUGAGAACGAUAUCGGCGAGAAGCGGCGACUAGCGUUUCUGGACCUGAUGAUCGAAACCGCCAACAAUGGGGCGAACAUUAGCGAUGAGGAGAUCAAGGAGGAGGUCGAUACGAUCAUGUUCGAGGGUCACGAUACAACGGCGGCUGGGUCGAGCUUUGUACUGUGCCUGCUCGGCAUCCACCAGCACAUCCAGGAUCGGGUGUACGCCGAGCUGCGGCAGAUCUUUGGCGACUCCAAACGGAAGGCCACGUUCGGCGAUACGCUCGAGAUGAAGUAUCUCGAGCGGGUGAUCUUCGAAACGCUGCGCAUGUUCCCGCCGGUGCCGAUGAUUGCGCGCAAGAUCAACGAGGAUGUGCAGCUGUCGUCGAAGAACUACACCAUCCCGGCCGGUACGACGGUGGUCAUCGGUACGUACAAGAUUCACCGGCGUGAGGAUCUUUACCCGCACCCGGAAACGUUCAAUCCGGACAACUUCCUGCCGGAACGUACCCAGAACCGGCACUACUAUAGCUACAUCCCGUUCAGUGCUGGGCCGAGAAGUUGCGUCGGCCGAAAGUAUGCGAUGCUCAAGCUGAAGGUGCUACUAUCCACGAUACUACGAAACUAUCGCGUCGUUUCCAACUUAACUGAAAAGGACUUCAAGCUGCAGGCAGACAUCAUCCUCAAGCGCACGGACGGCUUCCAGAUUCAGCUCGAACCGAGAGCAUGAU